AUAUAGCACGCGCAGCUCAGCGCCCCAACAAAGUCACCGCGCUGACAGUGUGCGGGAGCCGCAGAGGAGAAACCUAAUCUCAGAACCCAACAACACCUAGCAACAGUUGAAAAAACUUUGAAACAAAAGUCGGGGUGGGAGAUAGGCGGCUUCCAAUUCCUGCUGAUUCCGACUGAAGGAGAAGCUGCAGCUACUCUGAGUCGUUUCCUGUAUGACUUCAGCUACUGGCUAGUCCCAGCAGAGUGGGAAAAGCGUUUUUCUUUAGCCUUCUUUUGGGCUGGCUAGUUUUCCAGGACUCAGUCUUGGGCUGUGGGACAAGCCACUGGCUUCUUCAAGGGAUAAACCUUCCGAGAAAGGACACAUCUUUGGUUAAAGGAGCCGCCAGCAGGUGGGAAUGAGAUCACGAAACCAAGGUGGAGAAAAUACUUCUAAUGGGCAUGUCUCCUGCCCCAAGUCCUCUAUCAUCAGCAACACUGGUGAUAAAGGCCUCCCAGAAGAGGCAAAAAAGAACAAGGCAAAUAGGAAGGAAGAUGAUGUCACAGCCUCGGGAACUGUCAAACGGCACCUCAGACCAUCUGGAGAAAGUGAAAAAAAGACCAAGAAGUCUCUGGAGUUAUCCAAGGAGGACCUCAUCCAGCUCCUGAGUAUAAUGGAGGGGGAGCUGCAGGCUAGAGAAGAUGUGAUCCACAUGCUGAAGACAGAGAAAACCAAGCCUGAGGUUUUGGAGGCACAUUACGGAUCGGCAGAGCCAGAGAAAGUGCUUCGGGUCCUGCAUCGAGAUGCCAUCCUCGCUCAAGAGAAGUCCAUAGGAGAAGAUGUCUAUGAGAAACCCAUCUCAGAGCUGGACAGACUCGAGGAGAAACAGAGGGAAACAUACCGCCGCAUGCUGGAGCAGCUGCUGCUGGCAGAGAAGUGCCACCGGCGCACAGUGUACGAGCUAGAGAACGAGAAGCACAAGCACACUGACUACAUGAACAAGAGCGAUGACUUCACCAACCUGCUGGAGCAGGAGCGAGAGAGGUUGAAAAAGCUCCUGGAGCAAGAAAAGGCUUACCAAGCCCGCAAAGAAAAAGAGAACGCUAAGCGGCUCAAUAAGCUUCGAGACGAACUUGUGAAACUCAAGUCCUUUGCACUCAUGCUGGUGGACGAGAGGCAGAUGCACAUUGAGCAGCUGGGCCUGCAGAGCCAGAAAGUCCAGGACCUCACGCAGAAACUGAGGGAUGAGGAAGAGAAGCUCAAAGCCAUCACCUACAAAUCCAAAGAAGACCGCCAGAAACUGCUCAAGUUAGAAGAGGACUUUGAACACAGGGCCUCCAGGUUCACCCAGGAGCAUGAAGAGAUGAAUGCCAAAUUGGCUAACCAAGAGUCUCACAACAGGCAGCUUCGACUCAAGCUGGUUGGCUUAUCUCAAAGGAUUGAAGAGCUGGAAGAGACCAAUAAAAAUCUUCAGAAGGCAGAGGAGGAACUUCAGGAGCUCAGGGAUAAAAUUGCCAAGGGGGAAUGUGGGAACUCCAGCCUCAUGGCGGAAGUGGAAAGUCUGCGGAAGCGCGUGCUGGAGAUGGAGGGCAAGGACGAGGAGAUCACGAAGACGGAGGCCCAGUGCAGGGAGCUGAAGAAGAAGCUGCAAGAGGAGGAGCACCACAGCAAGGAGCUCCGCCUGGAAGUGGAGAAGCUGCAGAAGAGGAUGUCCGAACUGGAGAGGCUGGAGGAGGCCUUCAGCAGGAGUAAGUCGGAAUGCACGCAGCUCCACUUGAACCUGGAGAAAGAGAAGAACCUAACCAAAGACCUGCUGAACGAGCUGGAGGUGGUCAAGAGUCGCGUUAAAGAACUGGAGUGCUCCGAAAGCAGACUGGAGAAGGCUGAACUAAGCCUCAAAGAUGACCUCACGAAGCUCAAGUCCUUCACUGUGAUGCUGGUCGAUGAAAGGAAAAAUAUGAUGGAGAAGAUAAAGCAAGAAGAGAGAAAAGUGGACGGGUUGAAUAAAAACUUUAAGGUAGAACAGGGGAAGGUUAUGGACGUCACGGAAAAAUUAAUUGAGGAAAGCAAGAAGCUUUUAAAACUCAAGACGGAAAUGGAGGAAAAGGUGUACAGUUUGACCAAGGAGAGAGACGAGUUGAUGGGUAAGCUGCGGAAUGAAGAAGAGCGGUCCUGUGAAUUAAGCUGCAGUGUCGACUUGCUGAAGAAGCGGCUUGAUGGCAUAGAGGAGGUGGAGAGGGAAAUAAACAGAGGUAGGUCGUGCAAGGGGCCCGACUUCACCUGCCCAGAGGACAAUAAGAUCCGGGAACUGACGCUUGAAAUCGAGAGACUGAAGAAGCGUCUCCAGCAGUUGGAGGUGGUAGAAGGGGACUUGAUGAAGACCGAAGACGAGUAUGACCAGUUGGAGCAGAAGUUCAGAACCGAGCAGGAUAAGGCAAACUUCCUCUCCCAGCAGCUAGAGGAAAUCAAACACCAAAUGGCCAAGAACAAAGCCAUAGAGAAAGGAGAAGCUGUGAGCCAGGAAGCCGAGCUGCGACACAGGUUCCGGCUGGAGGAGGCUAAAAGUCGUGAUUUACAGGCUGAGGUGCAGGCUCUCAAGGAGAAGAUCCACGAACUGAUGAACAAAGAAGACCAGCUGUCUCAGCUCCAAGUGGACUAUUCGGUCCUUCAGCAAAGAUUUAUGGAAGAAGAAAAUAAGAAUAAGAACAUGGGGCGGGAGGUUCUCAACCUGACCAAAGAGUUGGAGCUCUCCAAGCGCUACAGCCGUGCUCUCAGGCCCAGCGGGAACGGCAGGAGGAUGGUGGACGUGCCCGUGGCUUCCACCGGAGUGCAGACCGAGGCGGUGUGCGGGGAUGCGGCGGAGGAGGAGACCCCGGCUGUGUUCAUUCGCAAAUCUUUCCAGGAAGAAAAUCACAUCAUGAGUAAUCUUCGACAGGUGGGCUUGAAGAAACCCAUGGAACGGUCCUCGGUCCUCGACAGGUAUCCCCCAGCAGCAAAUGAGCUCACCAUGAGGAAGUCGUGGAUUCCUUGGAUGAGAAAAAGAGAAAACGGCCCCACUACCCCACAGGAGAGAGGACCUCGGCCGAACCCAGGAGCAGGGCACCCCGGGGAGCUGGUCCUAGCACCAAAGCAGGGCCAGCCCCUGCACAUCCGCGUGACACCGGACCACGAGAACAGCACUGCGACCCUGGAGAUCACAAGCCCAACGUCUGAAGAGUUUUUCUCUAGUACCACCGUCAUUCCUACCUUAGGCAAUCAGAAACCAAGGAUAACCAUUAUUCCAUCACCCAAUGUCAUGUCGCAAAAGCCCAAAAGCGCAGAUCCUACUCUCGGCCCAGAACGAGCCAUGUCCCCUGUCACGAUUACUACUAUUUCCAGAGAGAAGAGCCCAGAUAGUGGAAGGGGUGCAUUUGCAGACAGGCCCGCGUCUCCCAUCCAGAUCAUGACAGUGUCAACGUCCGCAGCUCCCCCUGAAAUCGCUGUCUCUCCCGAACCCCAGGAAGUGCCGAUGGGAAGGACUAUCCUCAAAGUCACCCCGGAAAAACAAACUGUUCCGACCCCGGUGCGGAAGUACAACUCCAAUGCCAAUAUCAUCACCACGGAAGACAAUAAAAUUCACAUUCACCUGGGUUCUCAGUUUAAACGAUCCCCCGGGCCUGCCGCUGAAGGCGUGAGUCCAGUAAUCACUGUCAGACCUGUCAAUGUGACAGCGGAGAAGGAGGUCUCUACAGGCACAGUCCUUCGCUCUCCUAGGAACCACCUUUCUUCACGACCUGGUGCUAGCAAAGUGACCAGUACUAUAACCAUAACCCCGGUCACAACAUCAUCCACACGAGGAACCCAGUCGGUGUCAGGACAAGAUGGGUCAUCUCAGCGGCCUACACCCACCCGCAUUCCUAUGUCAAAAGAAAGCAUCAUCAUUCACCAGUUGCGAAUGAGCUCCCGAUGAGAUUGCCAAGCACAGCCCUCAGUCAUCACUAAGGUCCUCCAUGCUACUGAUGUUGACUGGAAACACCUUAUGACUUCCAGUGAUUUUUUUUGAGGAUACAAUUUAACAGUUAAAAACCACAUUGUGGAUGAUAUGAACAUAUGUAGUAAAAGCUAUUGAAUCUUUGUGCCAAAGAAAGUUUUCUUCUCUUUGCAAAGCUUUCAGGUCUGUGGGCACAUGCUGUAUAACUUAUUUUUAUAAUACAUUUUGUAAUGUGAUUUCUUUCCCUAAACUGUUUCUUUUCUCAUAGUCAGUGGCACAUAUAUCUGUAUACUACACUGUCAGUUCUUCAAAGUAUUGAUAUUGUGUAUUCAAAAGAUUAACGUAUCAUUUUUAUUAAUUUGUUAUUUUUAAGGAAAACAAAGUACAACACUCUAUUUCCUUGGGCAACUUUAAGAGGCAAAACCUAGAAACAGUAGAUUCCUGGGGUUUUAUUACUCAUAUGAUGCUAUGGUUCUGAUAGUGGUUCAACACUGAAAUCGGUGUGCUGACUUAGGAGUUUAAGUACUUAAAACCAGUCCGUGUUUCCUGCUGGUGUUCUGUAUCGGAAACAAACAGCUUUGACUGGCAGUUCAAUUUUAUUUCUAUCUGCAUUAUUUAUGUGUAGACAAUUUAAUAGUGACUGUGAUGUCAGGGAGUUUCCCACAUAUUACUCCAAUCCCAUGAAAGCUUGCAAAUAAAAACUAAUCUAGAAAAUGUCAACUUUUUUUAAAAUAGGGAGACCCAAAUGUACAUAGCCACUUCCCUUUGAUUUUGAUUGCCUUUUCCACCGCCACCUCCUCCUCCUGCUAUUCUUCUUGGUACAAGUUCUUACUAUGUAUCCCUAGAUGACAUAAAAGUAGCUGUGUAGGCCAGGCUGGUCUUGAACUCAAGGGGAUCUAUCUGUCUGUCUGCGCCUCUUACAAGUGCUGGGACUAAAGACAUAUGCCAUCAUACCCAGCUAAGGAUAUAUUUUUGAAGAAUUAAAAGCCCAAACUGUAUUACUCACAUCUCAGUGUCAGAGCUGCUGUUGAAUUUAGGUUUAUGUGAAAGUGUGAAGUCUACUUGAAACUCUAGUUUAAAAAAAUACUGUCGAUGUGGGGGGGUGGGACUAUUUCCAAUAAGAUCUUUAAAAUAACUUUACAGAUAAAUUAAGAGUUGACAUUCGAAUUUCUAACUGCAGAAGUCACUUGUCAUGCUACUGUAGUGUGAAUGAAGAGCCAACACUUCUUCUGAAUGUUAGGACGUAAGCAAGAUCACCAGAGUUAACUACUGUAUACUCACCACUAUAGUCAACAAGCUGUGCCCAGGCCAGCCACAGAGUCUCUGGGAUAGGAACACACAGUGCUAAAUCUCCUCCCUCGUGUAACCUAGAAGGCUUUCAUGUAAUCUGUGGAGCUGACAAAUCAUAGUCAAUUCAUACUGUAAAUAAAAUAACUAUCUUCUAAAAAUAAUUCUUGCUUUUUAAAAAGUCAAAGUUAUGUUAGGCUUCCCUGAGCUUGAAGGACUGUCGAGGUCUCCCAUAGCAUUGUGUCAUUUUAAUUACGACACAGAAGCCUUGAGUAUGUGCGUGUGAAGAUUACUAAAAGUGUUAAGUUUUGUUUUCUUAAAAUGUUAAAGAGAAAUGACAUUUUCGAUCAUAAAACAGUUUUUAUUUUAUUUAGGGUUUCUGCUUGUUUUGUUGUGUUUUUUGAGAUAAGGUUUCUCUGUAUAUCUCUGGCUAUUCUGGAACUCACUCUGUAUAUUGGGCUGGACUCAAACUCAGAGAUCUACCUGCCUCUGCCCCCUGAGUACUAGGAUUAAAGGUGUGUGCCACCACUGUCCAGUAUAUUUAGUAUUUUUAUAUUGACAGGGAGGUAAAAUUUUUAGGUGACACAAUUGCCUGAAGCUUAAUUAUUUGCUUUCAACUAAAACAUUACUAAGAUGUAUUUGAAUCUGAUGGGUUUCUUUCCCACCAGAGUUGUAAGGAAUUUUGGUAUUUGCAAAGACAGUGAAGAUCAUGUUGCAAGCAGUCAUCUGGGUAGAUGAUGAGAUUUUUCUGUCUACCAUACCUUGAAUAUCUUUGAUUAAACAUGAGUGACAGUAAAAUGAACACAUUAAAUUUGAAAAAAACAAACAAGAGAAUAUUAACAGGAUCACAAUCACAUCUUAGCAACCUUGUCUAGUUGUAAAAGUUGCUUUCACAAGCAAUCCCGGCACUAACCUGAAUCACAUCACAUAACUUCACUUUCUUGUACUGUAAAUAUGUCUUCAUCAAUUUGAAGGAGGUUAAUUUUUGAUGGGAUAAUUUGGAUGUUUCCCAAAGUGCAAUCAGUAUUUUUAGUUCAAGGCACAACUGACCUAGUCAAUUUAUUUUAUGCUUGAUUUGUUUUUGUUUUGUUUUGAAGACAGGGUCUCCCUAUGUAGUCCUGUUGGCCUGGAACUUGCUAUGUAGACCUCACAGAAAUCCUGCCUCUCUGUUUCCUGAGUGCUGGGAAUUAGGGUAUGCAAUACAAUAACCAGCCUUUACACUUGUUUUUUGAGACAGGGUUUCACUAUUUAGCCCAGGCUGUCCUCAAACACAUUAUGUAGCUGAGGAUAGGCUUGAACUUGUGAUCCUUCUGCCUCAGUCACCUGAGUGUUAGGAUUACCAGGGUAAGCCACAAUGCUGGCUAUGCCUUUCCUCUUGGUAACUAUUUCUGUGUAUUUAAUUUGGUUACCAUGAUAUUGUCUGCAGUUUUUUAAGAGUUCAUAAAGUAUUGAGCUUGAUGAAGAUAGAGGAUAGAGUAUAUGCACAGGAUGGUGGUGCCCAGAAUGUAUAUAAAAUAUAAAUUUGUUGAGUCUUAAGACAAUCACCGAGAAAUCAUGAUGUGGGUUAUCUAGUUUAAGCACUAACAGCAACACAGAUGCUACUGAAAGAAUGUAGAGCUUGUAAAAGUCAAAGGCAAAGCAAGAGUAAACGCUGUGUUAGGCAUGUGAGGUUUUUAUCCAAUGCCAUGGUUGAACUUUUCUGGAAAUACAGAAAAAACAUAGUGGAAACUGAGUGUGUUUGUGAAUUGUUUCAGAAGUACAAACUGAAACUUAAAAUCAUAGUUGGUACCUGAGGCUUACAUCCUCUUACCUCUGCUAAACCAAUGCUAAAAAGGCCAAUUAGAAGGCAAAGAGGAAAAAGAAUAAAAGUUACUGUAAUAAACUUACAAAAAUUAGAAGUUUUCUAACCAUUAGUAUUUGUUUCUUAAAUUUUCAGUAUUCAUUUCACAACUACAUAAUAAUUGUUUAUGGAAAAUAUAAGUUUCACAAAUUUUGGAUAGGUAUGUUUAUGGUCGCCAUGGUGUGAUUCAGACAUUUUUUGCUUUUUUUGUUUUUGGCUCACAUUAUUUGGGGGAAUUUCACCUUAUCAUUGAAUGUACUUUGUUACUUUACAAGUGCAAAUUUGAAUUUUUAAUCUAAUUAAAAAAUAAGGUAUUUGUUUCUCCAAUAUAAUAAAUGUAUAAUGUGAUCAGUCUUAGAAUUCUUCAAGUUUUAACAGAGUUUUCAAAAGCAAGAGUAUAUUUUGGAAGAUUUUUAGAAAUACAUUCUAUUUCCCUAUCGUCCUCUAAGUACAUAAGUUUAUUAUUUCACACUGAAGUAAUAGGAUUUUAUGUACUUGUCUUUUAUAUGGAAGUAAUAUCCUGUUUUCAGUUCUUCAUAGGUGAUUUAAAUUACAAUUAGGCACUUUCUGUAUUACUUUGAAAUCAAAUACAUUUAUGGAAAUCUCACCAGAGUAUGAAAAGAUAACAGUGAAAUAUGAAAGCAUUGUGCAAUAUUCUUUUUACAUAAGAAUAUUCAUAAAAUUAAAACAAUUUAAAAUAAAUGUACAACUUAAUAAUUCA